AAUGCAGUAUAAAUUUUACGUCAUUUCCGCUAGGCUCCCUCUUUUUCACCGUGUGGCCAGAUUUCCAUACGGCGUUGUUUCGUGCUCUCCCAUAAACUCGUUACUCGGGGAAAGCGGUCACGAUGUCCGGAGGUCUGGAUGUCCUUCAAAUGAAGGAGGAGGAUGUGCUCAAGUUCCUGGCAGCAGGAACUCAUCUGGGAGGCACCAACCUGGACUUCCAGAUGGAGCAGUAUGUCUACAAGAGAAAAAGUGAUGGUGUGUACAUCAUUAACCUGAAGAAGACCUGGGAGAAGCUGUUGCUGGCAGCCAGGGCAAUUGUUGCCAUUGAGAACCCAGCUGAUGUGUGCGUCAUCUCUUCCAGAAACACUGGACAGAGAGCUGUGCUAAAGUUUGCCUCCGCCACUGGAGCUACCACCUUCCACGGUCGCUUCACCCCUGGUACUUUCACCAAUCAGAUCCAGGCUGCUUUCAGGGAGCCCCGCCUCCUGAUUGUGACCGAUCCUCGUGCUGACCAUCAGCCACUGACUGAGGCUUCCUAUGUCAACAUCCCCACCAUUGCUCUGUGCAACACAGACUCUCCCUUGCGUUAUGUGGAUAUUUCGAUCCCCUGCAACAACAAGGGUCAUCACUCCGUAGGUCUCAUGUGGUGGAUGCUCGCCAGGGAGGUUCUCAGGAUGAGGGGAACCAUCUCCAGGGAGCACCCAUGGGAGGUCAUGCCUGAUUUGUACUUCUACAGGGAUCCUGAGGAGAUUGAGAAGGAGGAGCAGGCCGCCGCUGAGAAGGCUGUUGUGAAGGAGGAGUUCCAGGGUGAAUGGACCGCUCCUGCAGCGGAGUUCACACAGCCAGAGGUCGCCGACUGGUCUGAGGGCGUCGCUGUGCCAUCUGUGCCCAUUCAGCAAUUCCCUGCUGCUGCUGGAACUGUCAAGCCAGCCGAGGACUGGAGCACUCAGCCUGCCACAGAUGACUGGUCCACUGCUCCCACUGCCCAAGCUUCUGACUGGGGUGGCGCCACUGCCGACUGGUCUUAGAUCAAUCUCCAUGGCAACAAUAAAAGUGUUUUGUACACUUCUA